AUGAAAUCAUUUAAAUAUUUAUCACAAAAUGGUUUUUUAAUUAAACCAAUAGUACAAACAAUAUCAAUAAAGCCAAUAAUAAGUAAACAAAAUAUAAUACAAUUUUUAAAUAUUAAUAAAAGAAACUAUACAACAAAUAAAUAUCUUUAUUCAUGUGGAUGUGGUAUUGAUGGUAAAUUAGGGAUCGAUAAUGAAUUGGUUAAAUUCGAAUCAUUUCCUACAAAAUUAACCAAAUUUGAUAAUGGCGAAAAUAAUGGAGCAAGUCAGAGAUAUCAAGAUAAUUUAGAAUGUAAAGAUAUAGUGUGUGGCCAUUAUCAUACCAUGUUAGUAUCAAAAGAAAAAGAUCAGUUAUAUAGCUGUGGAUGGACUUCUUUUGUUGCGAUGGAUAGAGUAAAUAAAGAGACCAACUUCAAAUCUAUUAUACCCUCAUUGGUUACACCAUUAAAGGAUUUUAAAAUUAAACAAGUUGCUGGUGGUAGAAGACAUACAUUGGUUUUAACUGAAGACUUUAGGGUAUUUUCGUUUGGUGUAGGUUCAGAGUAUCAACUAGGUGUGGGUAGUACCGAAAAUCAACCACUUCCUGUUGAAAUAGAAUCUUUAUCAAAACUAGGAAAUAUCAUUAAAUUAGAAUGUGGAUGGGGUCACUCUUUAGUACUAACAAGUGAUGGUGAUAUAUUUACAUGGGGAUUUACCCAAGAUUCCCAAACUGGUCAUGGUUUUAGCGAAGAGCCGAUUCACAUUCCAAAAAUGAUAAAAACAAAUUAUAAAUUUAAGAAUAUUUUCACUGGCUCAGAUUUCAAUCUAGCAAUAACUAAUGAUGGUAGAGUUUGCUCGUGGGGAAGCGGGGAAUUUGGCCAAUUAGGUCAUGGUGAUACUAAAAACGUUGAAGCACCCAAACUUAUUCAAUCCAUUCAACCUUUGGUACACACAAAUUUAAUUAACACAAAUCGGAUCUACGAAUAUAAAAUGGUAGCAUGUGGUUUCUCUCAUGCAUUAAUAAUCGACAAUGAUGGUAAAUUAUUAACAUUAGGGUGGAAUGGAAAUGGUCAAUUAGGAAGCGGAGUAAAAGGUGACAACCAUUUAGUGCCAACUAAAUUAGAGUUUGAUUUCGAUGGUGAGAAAGUAGUUAAAGUCUCUGCAGGUAGAAAUCACUCUGCAUGUAUCACCGAGUCUGGUAAACUCUACAUUUGGGGAAAUGGAAAUAAAGGUAAAUUGGGUAAUGGUAAAAGUGUAGGUGACCAAUUAACACCUUUAGAACUAAUCGAUAUAGACGAAAACAACACAGAUCCAUCCAAUCAAAAAGUUUUAAAUAUAUCAUGUGGUUUUGAUCACACGAUUAUAGAAUUAUUAUUAAACGAAUAA